UAUAGGUAUUUGACUGAAUCUUAUGGUAGUGGACAAGAUAUUGAUGACAGGAUUGUAGAAGCCAAUCCACUACUAGAAGCAUUUGGAAAUGCAAAGACUGUUCGUAACAAUAAUAGUAGUCGUUUUGGAAAAUUUGUAGAAAUUCACUUCAAUGAAAAGUACCAAAAAUCAGGUUCCCUGAAGGACCCCCUGCUAGAUGACCAUGGAGAUUUUAACAGAAUGUGCACCGCAAUGAAGAAGAUUGGGCUUAACGAUGAAGAGAAGCUGGACCUCUUCCGAGUGGUUGCUGGUGUUUUACAUCUGGGGAACAUUGAUUUUGAAGAAGCUGGCAGCACAUCUGGUUGUUGGGAGUAUCCACAAGUCAUUCAGGAUGCUGUGAACAUGGAUGGCCAGUGUGACAUUGGUACUUUACAUAAGCCCAGCCUGGUUAUAAAACCAGCAGACCUCUAUGUUUUAUGGACUUCUCCUAUGUUCAACUCUCUGAAUCCAGCUGGACCAAUUUUGAUACUCCCUGGCAUGUGUUUUAUGCAAAUGCAUUCAAAUUCCAUUAUGGUUCCAUUAAAAGUAGAACAAGCAAAUAAUGCACGUGAUGCUUUGGCAAAAACUGUCUACAGUCACCUCUUUGACCAUGUGGUCAACAGAGUAAAUCAAUGUUUCCCAUUUGAGACGUCGUCUUUUUUCAUUGGGGUUUUGGAUAUUGCAGGUUUUGAAUACUUUGAACACAACAGCUUUGAACAGUUUUGCAUUAAUUACUGUAAUGAGAAGCUACAGCAGUUCUUUAAUGAAAGGAUCCUUAAAGAGGAACAAGAACUUUAUCAAAAAGAAGAUUUAGGUGUUAAUGAAGUACAUUAUGUGGAUAACCAGGACUGUAUAGAUUUGAUUGAAGCAAAAUUGAUAGGAAUCCUUGAUAUUUUGGAUGAAGAAAAUCGUCUUCCACAGCCAAGCGAUCAACAUUUUGCUUCGGUGGUUCAUCAGAAACAAAAACAACAUUUCAGGCUAUCAAUACCCAGGAAGUCUAAAUUGGCUGUUCAUCGAAAUAUUCGUGAUGAUGAAGGAUUCAUCGUCAGACAUUUCGCAGGAGCAGUUUGCUAUGAGACGCCCUGUGUUUUGUUCGUGCGUGUCUACUUUGACACAGAUGCUUUUCUUUUACAGACUCAGCUAAACCUGCUUCUGGAAAAGCUUCGUAGCACCGGGUCAAGCUUUAUUCGAUGCAUCAAACCCAAUCUAAAGAUGACCAGUCACCAAUUUGAAGGUGCUCAAAUCCUCUCUCAGCUCCAAUGUUCAGGAAUGGUGUCUGUUUUGGACUUAAUGCAAGGUGGUUUCCCAUCACGAGCCUCAUUCCAUGAACUUUAUAACAUGUAUAAAAAAUAUAUGCCUGCAAAACUGACCCGUCUGGAUCCGAGACUCUUCUGCAAGGCUCUCUUCAAAGCCCUUGGCUUAAAUGAACAAGAUUAUAAAUUUGGAUUAACCAAAGUGUUCUUUAGACCUGGCAAGUUUGCAGAAUUUGAUCAAAUCAUGAAGUCUGAUCCAGAUCAUCUCGCUGACCUGAUUAAACGUGUGAACCACUGGCUUCUCUGCAGCCGUUGGAAGAAGGUUCAGUGGUGUUCUUUAUCAGUCAUCAAAUGUAGGUAUUCAAAAAUACAUUGUGAGAUGGGGGAAGCAGAGAUUUCAAACUAUGUCCAUAGAAGAAUGCAGAGGCAGCCUUGCAUUAUAACUUUUGUAAAAUCUGGGUUUUCCUUCAUUCCAGGCAAGGAUGACAUGGAGAUGUGCGAGCUGAAUCUUGAAGAAACUGGCCUGACUCGUAAGCGGGGUGCUGAAAUUUUGCAGCGGCAGUUUGAAGAGAUUUGGGAACGCUGUGGCGGAAUCCAGUAUCUUCAAAAUGCAGUUGAGAGCAAACAAGCUCGGCCGACCUAUGCAACUGCCAUGCUGCAGAACUUGUUGAAAUAAAUCGUUAUUUUGCACCUACCGAGCACAGCCGGACUUUUAAUAUUCCAUAAUCAUGUAGAGAUGUUUAAUAUAAACCGAUUUUAUUAAUGUGUCGAUUUUUAGUUUGUACUUUUGACGUCUUAAUUUGUGUAGUGAGCUCAUUCUCAAGAUCUAAAUUUCUCUUUCAGUCAAGUAUUUUGUUUGCUUUAGGCCAGAAUAUGAUAAUGCAAAUAAUACUGUAAUAUAGAGCAGAAGCGGUAAAUCUAUGUAUCUCCUAUCGUGCUGGGUUCCAACUUCUGUCAACCCCCAGCUAGUCAGUCCAGUGGGAUAGAAGUCCAACAGUGGUUGGAGGACGAGAGACCCCUAUCCCUGAUGUAGCAUAACACACUACCAAUAUGUAGUUUAGAACUACCCACAAUGGCAUUUUAUCUUCUGUAACACACUUCCCAGAUACUAUCUGGAAACAUGAGUUUCCACAAAGUAGAAGAAACCGUGUUUUCUUUACACUAGGCUAACUAGAACUGUGAGGCCUUAAUGUUCUUAACAUUUAAUGUACAGAAUUUAAAGUAGACUCCUAUAAAGGUGAAAGAUAACCCUUCAGCAUCACUUGCAAACAAGCGUUUUGGGGAAAAUGUGUCUUAAGGUAGAUCGCCGGGUGUCAUAUACUGAAUAUAGAAAAACCUGAGCCUGAAGUGCUUUAGCAAUUCAGAACUGAAACGGUUUGGUGCACUUUUAAGGAGUUGUGCAUGAAUGUGUUUGUCUUCCUUUUUUAAAACUGCUGUUUUUUGGUUUUUUUACAAAACAGGUUCCUUCAAACAAUUUAUGUUUAAUUUUUUUGUCAUAACUGUACUGGAAAUCCUUUCUCAGUCAAAGUGAAAUAUAAUUCACAGAGAAGGUUCAAUACAUAUAUAUAUCUCUGCAGAUAUUUAUGGCUGGAACCAUCAGAGAAGUGAACUUCAUGAAUUAUGCCAGCAAAGUUGAAUUUGAAUAGGGGGACCUGUGUUGCAUCACUGAAAUGAAUAUGGAUUAAGUAGAUUUUUUCCUCCCCUGACUCCUGAUGAAAUGCCAGAACUCUGGCAUUUCUUGUUACAUCAUGCUGCUUCAAAUUGUUUAACUUCAAAGUGUUCAAGGUUUAUUUAGCUCCUAAUCUAAUAGAUCUUUUCUUGUUGCUAAUCUCCCAAAUUCAGGUUUUGUGGGCUUUUCUUUUCGGCAGGGUUUCCUUAACAGUAAUUAAAAUACUUAUAGCAGUUAUUUCUUUCAGACAGUUUUAAAUUGCCUUUGGUCGAUGUUGCAAAAUAAACUUAAUGUCAGCAUAACAAAUCUUGGUGUUAUCACAGUUUUGGGAUCUUUAGAGAAAUUUUAAAAAAUGUCACUUAAUUAAAAAAAAAAAUACAGACCACACCAGGAGAGAGUUUCUUUAUUAGAGUAAUUGUGUUUCUCAGCUCUGAUUUUUAAAUCUCCAAAUAAGAAUUUAAAAAGAAGAAUGAACUGAGUUUACAUUGGCUACUAAGUUUUGACCAGAUUGGGUGUAAAAAAGAAAACAUUCAUACAUCUAAGCAAUAUUCUUAACUAGAUUUAAGAUUAUUGAGCUCAUCAGUUUAUGUAUUCACAUGUGUAAGUAUCAUUCUGAGACCCAAAUGUAGACAGUUUUACAGUUUUAGGCUAAACUUGGUCUAUUGUCUACUCCAGGGGUGUCAAACUCGCAAUGUCACAUUGUUAUGUGAUGUAUGGUGAUUUCCCCCCCACCUCGCUAAAACAGGGAUGGGAAUGGCCAGCGCGUGACACAUCCGGCAAUCUCUCUACCAGUAAUAAUUUUUCCAAAUUAUAAAGGUAGCAGAAGAAAGUAAAAAACGAAAUACAAGCCAAGUCAUGAAUUUAAAUUCACUUAGGAGGCUUUGAAUCCAAAUGGAUGUUUGAAUCCUUUGGUUUGGCUAUAAAAUUCAAGCAAUCAGAAAUCAUGCAAAUGGGGUUUUUUUUUGUCCAUAGAUAAAGCUUGAGUAGGAGAGCCUAGAAGCCCACGUAUCCACCCACAAAAGCCUCCGUCCACAUGGCAGAAUAUAAUAUUAUUUUCCACAAUCAUUAGGUGAAAAGGUAGGCUCAAGGGCAAAAGACAAUUGUAAACAGUCAGACAGUUUUCAAAAUUGUCCCUGUUUUCUGAAAUUGGAUUGCAUCAGUGAUUCCCCCCCCCCAGUUUUGAAAUUAGAACUUAUUCAACGUCAGUCUUCCUGCGUACCGUUUUCUGCUUUUAAGUUGUGUUUUUACCAGUUUGUGAAAGAGCUGCUUGCUGAGCAGUUGCAAUGGGAAGCAAUAUGCAUCACUUGCCCUAUCACAAUCCUGCUCUUCUCUUUUUUUCCUUCAAAGCAUCAGACUUGCCCAGAAGAACCUCUGGGGAGGGGUGUCUCAUGAAAAGCCUCCAAAGGCUGUAGAUGUGUAGAAUUCCAUAAUAAAAGCUCUGUUUAGAUUGGUUAUGCAAGAAAAUAUUUAUUCAUAUGUUAAAUCAAUAAAGAUCUCUCCAUCUA